AUGCUACGCAAAAAUGCCUUGAAAGGGGGAUCUAAGAACGGCUUGCUCCAGGCUCAAUGGAUGGCAAAUCACUGCUCACCUGAUCCGCACGUGGUCCAGAUUGAAAAGACAAGUGACUCUCCUAUCUGCUGGGCCGAUGUCGUACGAUCUUCUGUGUAUGACGUAGAGCUCCAAGCUGAUGGGAAAUAUCACGUCCGAAUCGAGAAAGACAACGCAGUGCUAGAGUUGUCGAAAGCGGACUACGACUUCAUUGGCACAACAAUUCCUCGACAGCUUGCCGAUCCCCAUUCAUACUCUGGCGAUCUGGCAUUGGAAAUCAAUGCUGCCCAGCUCGCGUUUGACCGAAUCUCGCACUGGCAGGAUAUAGUCGGGCAGUUAUCCCACACAACCAAAGGCGUUCUCGGCGAGCUAACCGCACGAUUGGAGUUCCUGAAAGGAAAACUCAGUACCUUGGAGACGCACGUGGGCGGGCUGAGGUACAAUGCAACCAUUGAAAAGGGCUCUCCCGCUGAAUCCAGACGAACAGACACGCCGUCGUCGCUCUCAAGGUCCAAGAAAAGAAAAGUCAAAGGUGGGCCUGGCCUUCCCUGGUCUCAAGAUGAGACCGAAAAGUUGCCUGGGUGGUUCAAAGAUCAUAGGCACCUACCAAAGGAGGCUUUGGAGGAUGAAUACCAUGCCUUUUCUGGGAAAGAAAGAAGCUUCAGCUCGUUGCAAUCCCAGCUCUAUAAAUUAGGCUGGGGCGAGCUGACCAACAGAAAAGAGGGGACUUCAUUGAAACGCAAAGCGCCAGGAGAAGUCCCAGUUGCGACAAAUCGCUCUGGCUGUGGUUCUUCCUUGGCGUCAACUGAUCCUGCAGAAGUGUCCAAAGCAAUGAAAAUGAUCUCCGGAUCUACCUCAAAUAAAGGCAACCCUGACCCAGAGACCAGAAAAGAAAAAUCGCCACCUCCACGCCCUGCACAGCGCUUUUCGACCCCCGAAGAUGUUGAUAUUAGUACUCGAUUGACUGGACAGUUUGAGUUUGUGGAUGCCGAAGGUACACGACAACAUCAAUGCAACGCUAAUGACGGCAACGACCGACCAGGACGAACGAGUGAAUUGAAUUCUUCGCAUGAAGAACCAUGCGCUAUGUUGAAUGAGCUACAAAUACCCUACUUGAGAUCAGACGGACAGUCUUCAAAUGAUGUUGUCUCGACAGAAAGCCUAGAAGCUCUCCCAGAUGUUUCUAUCUCAGCACCUCAUCCGCUCACAACAUCUACCGCUAGCAUUUCAAUGCCACAGAUUGACACCCUGCGACCAUCAACAGAUGGUGAACAUAAUAGUUCUUUCCCAGAAAAUCACAUUGUCACGCAAGCGUCCGUCGUUGGUCAUGAGGCAGAAUUGGCCAAGGAGCGAGCCUCAAUGUCUGGACGGUACAACCAUGGAUGGAAGACCAUAAACCAGGCCGGGCAAGCAGAUAAAGACGACUCUGCUACUAGGCAUCCAUCGGGCGGAGAACCUCACGGAGGAGCCAACCAUCAAGAGAAUGCCGGUGUGGCAGUCCUUGGAUACCAACAAUUACUGAUGACGAGUAGCAGCACAGGACACGAAGUUGAAUGGACGCGGGAAAAGCCUAAGCGUGUAGUCAAAUCGAGAACAAAGACUGGGUGUAUCACUUGCCGCCGAAAGCGGAAAAAAUGCGAUGAAAAGAAGCCGUCAUGUAAUAACUGCUUAAGAAGUGGCUCCCUUUGCGAAGGUUAUAAUGCGGCAAAGCCUGAGAGGAUGUCUGUGGCGUCAGGUACUGAAACACCAAUGCAAAGCACUAGCCAGAGACUUGCAAAAAUCUCACCCAAAAGGGGUGACUCAAGCUUUAGUCAGGAUCCAUCGCAUGGGCAAAAUCACUCGAAUGAGCCAGCCAGGAAAGUGUCCUCAGUAGGUCGGCCAUCGGUCCAACAACACACCCAAGCGUCAGGAAUGGGCAUUUUGCCAGACCCCGUGCAGACUUUGAACCUGGAAAGCCUGUCAAAAUCAGCAUCCAAGAGCUCACAAAAACAAACCUUGCCGAAUGAGAGAGUCUUGGUGGGUGCUCAGUCAACUCCACGUUAUCACAAUCACACUAUCCCACCAACCCAGCAUCUAUUACGCGACCUAGAUUCUGGAAGAGAUAUGGGGUCGAUUUCUCGAACAAUGGAGGAACAGCAUGAACCUUGA